CCCCUGCCCGCCCGCCGCGCUCCGAGCCGGGCGCGCGGAGCUCGGGGCGCACGGAGCGGCGCGCGCCGGUCGGCCGAGCCAGGCUGGCGCCCCCGCCCCCCGCCCCGCGCCUCGGUCCGCCGCCCGCCGGGCGCCUUCCCCGCGCCUUUUGCCUUCGGUGCCCGGUCCUCCGGCCGCUUUCCUCCCGCCCUCGCGCCCCUCCGGCCCGCCCCGUCCAGCCCGGGCUGCCCGGCUCCCGCAGGCCCCCCCCCGCCGCCCGCGUUCCUAUGGACAGACGCACAGACACCUGCAGGAGUGACACUGCUGAUCCUGUAACAUGGAGGAUUGUCUUCAUACCUCAUCUGAGAAUCUGUCCAAAUUGGUCAGCUGGGCCCACAGCCAUGGGACUAUUUGCAGCCUCAUUCCAAACCUGAAACACUUGCUUUCUGAAGGUUCCCAUGGGAACCUGACAGCAAUGUGGGGCUGUAGUGCUGGCCAUGCUUAUCACUGGCCGCUAACAGCUACUUGCAGAGCUGGGUCCCAAGAGAGGGUCUGUUUCCAGGAUAACAGAAGUUUUAACUCUGAUAGUCCCAGUAUAAUCGGGGUGCCCUCUGAGACACAGACUAGCCCUGUUGAAAGGUACCCUGGGAGACCAGUGAAAACAAAGCUAGACUGUAACCGGACCAGAGACUCUUGUGACUUCUCCUAUUGUAGUGAGCCCUCUGAACUGGAUGAAACUGUUGAAGAAUAUGAAGAUGAGAACACCCUGUUUGACAUGGUUUGUGAGUCUUCUGUUACAGAUGAGGAUAGUGACUUUGAACCCCAAACCCAAAGGCCUCAAAGCGUUGCUCGCAAAAGACCUGGGGUAGUCCCAUCUUCCCUCCAUUCAAGCUCCCAGGUGCAGAUGGUUGACGAAUGCAGCAAUGAUGUCAUCAUCAAGAAAAUCAAACAAGAAAUCCCUGAAGAUUAUUACAUUGUGGCAAAUGCAGAACUGACAGGAGGAGUGGAUGGACCAGCCCUGUCCUUGACGCAGAUGGCAAAACCCAAGCCUCAGACUCACGCUGGUCCCUCCUGUGUAGGGUCUGCUAAACUGAUUCCCCAUGUCACAUCCGCCAUCAGCAUGGAGCUAGACCCACACGGUAUGUCUGCAUCCCCCUCUGUGAUCUCCAGACCAGUUGUCCAGAAGACUGCUAGGGUAUCUCUGGCUUCACCAAACAGAGGCCCCCCUGGUGGUACCCAUGGCACCAACCAACAGGUGGCCAUGCAGAUGCCUGUGAGCACAUCCCAUCCUAACAAACAGAUCAGUAUCCCCUUGUCUGCCCUGCAGCUGCCUGGACAGGAUGAACAAGUUGCCUCUGAAGAGUUCCUGUCCCAUCUGCCCAGCCAGGUCUCCUCCUGUGAGGUAGCCCUUUCUCCCUCAGUUAACACAGAGCCAGAAGUGAGCUCCAGUCAGCAGCAGCCCCCAGUCGCUCCAGCCAUAACCACUGAGGCCACAGCACAGUGCAUACCAGCUUAUUCCACUAAGCUCAACAAAUUUCCUGUAUUUAAUAUUAAUGAUGACUUGAAUGAUCUGUGUACCAGUGCAGUAAGCCCAAAUACUACCAAAGCCACGCGGUACGCCUUGAAUGUGUGGCGAUAUUGGUGCAUGACCAACGGGCUCAAAGACCACACAGACAUCACCAAGAUCCCUGCAGUGAAGUUGAACGAGCUGCUUGAGAACUUUUAUGUCACCGUUAAGAAGAGCGACGGCUCAGACUUCCUGGCCACCUCGCUCCAUGCUAUUCGCCGAGGCCUGGACCGCAUCCUGAAGAAUGCAGGUGUCGGCUUUUCCAUCACCAGCAGCACCUUCAGCUCCUCCACCAAGAAACUCAAGGAGAAGCUGUGGGUGCUGAGUAAGGCAGGCAUGUCGGGCGCGCGUUCUCGCAACAUCGUCUACUUCUCCCUCUCUGACGAGGAGGAGAUGUGGCAGGCAGGGUGUCUGGGGGAUGACAGCCCUAUCACUCUCCUGUCCACUGUGGUCAAGUACAACAGCCAGUACCUGAACAUGCGGACGCUGCAGGAGCAUGCAGAUCUGAUGUACGGCGACAUUGAGCUGCUCAAAGACCCCCAAAACCAGCCCUACUUUGCCCGGACAGACAGUGUCAAGCGGGAGAGUCGGAGCGGCUCCACCAGAGUGUGUCAUGGGAAAAUCUACCAUGAGCAUUCCCGGGGACACAAACAGUGCCCUUACUGCCUCCUCUACAAGUACAUGUACAUUCACCGGCCGCCCACCCAAAUGGAGGCCAAGUCCCCCUUCUACCUGACUGCCAGGAAGGAGGCCACAGACAUGGGCAGCGUGUGGUACGAGGAGCAGAGGAUGGGGCUGCGCUCUCUUCGGGGAAUUGUCCCAAACUUAGCCAAGAAGGUCAAGCUGGAAAACUGUGAGAACUUCACCUUUGUCUCAUUCACUCAGGUCUCCCGGAGGCUUGGCUCCCACAGCUGCUGCCAGUGAGCCCUCCCUGGGGCCCAGCCACUGCCCUGUCACCUGCUCAGUGGGCGCUCCCUGGGGCGGCCAGGGCUGGAGCAGCUGGAGCUCCGCGGAGGCAGGGGCUGACCAGGUGUGACCUCCCGGUCUGGCAGCUCUCCCCCUGGUGUGGCCCGCUCUCCCUUUGUCUUGGAGUUUGCUUUUUAAAAUGAAACUAGAUGAGGCUAAAUCAUUCGAAUGGUUUAUCCAAAUGUGUGUCAACUUUGUUAGCUUUUAGAAUCUAACACAAUGUAUAAUUGCUACACACAAGAGUGAGGAAAUUCAUUUUCUCUAGUGCCUUUCUAGCACAGAUUUUCUAAAAAAAAAAAAAAAAAAAGGAAACUGUUAAGUAGUCAUUUAAAAACUCCCAGUAGCGCAGUAGCUUUAGAAUGUUAGGAAGAUUGUACACUUUGUUGAAUUACACUCACAAGGAGGAACUAGAGAGAGGCAGACACGUUCCCUGUUUCCAGGAGACAGAUUGCGCUUGACACGCCUUUGUUUUUUUGUUGGUGGAUAACGUGGUUCUGGAGGGCAGGAAGCCUUGUGUCAGGGAAGAUGCUCAAGCGACACUCGGUCAUCUGACAGGGACUCGGGCUGCUCCCACGGCUCCCAGCAGCGGGAGGAACCCCAUCUCAGCUGCCAAUGGAGAGAAUUUUAUGACAAAAGAUUCACGCACCAGAAGGGUGUCUGUGAGAACAAGGCUUCUAGUGAACUAGACAGUUUGUACCGUGAGGGAAUUUCUAGUAGUGAAGGAAAAUGGCUUGGAAAAGCCAAUCUGUGAUCAAAAUGUGAAAACCUCCUGACGCAGAAGUGCCUAUGUUUUAUUUCUCAGCACCAUGUGAGAGCUCGUUUGGAACAUUUUUUGAGGUUUCUGUCUGUUCUUCGUGUCAUCCCAUUAUUCUGUCAGCAUAUAGCACGGGAUCUAUAAAACAAGUAAAGGUAAUUUUUAGUCUUAGCCAAGAAAAGCUAACCAAACAAGCUGCAAAAAAACACAGAUCCCCAAAAUUUCUUUAUUAAAGAGCUUUGGAAUAUUUUUGUCAAUGUAUAACUUUUCAGCCACAAUUAGAUGUCAUCAUUUUAGGCUGGCACCAAUGCUUGGGACACGAUGAUUUAGGCACCCCAGCAGGUAAGCAAACUCAGCAUUAAGGAUGUAGUUAUAAAAUUAGCGCAGCAUGGUAGGUAAUGCAGUUUGAAACCAUUUCACUCAGGUAAAAUGCAACCUGACCACAUUAUUUAAAAAUCAGCAGAAUUAUCUAAUAACUACUCUGAGUGCAACAACAACUGAAAAAGGAGCCCAAAGAGUGCACAGUAAUAGUAACAAUAAUUUCUAGGGACCUUGACUUUGUAUUUGAGAAAAAUCUCCUGUAACUUUAUUCCAUUAUGCUCCUGAUAUGCUUUCUAAUCCCAAAUUAAAAUUCUAAUACAAAUUCAUUUUGUAGAA